AUGUACGGCCAGGAAACCCAUGUUUUUGACGCUGGCCCGUUGGGAAUCCUCGAAGGUCUCGUUUUAACCUUCGAUAAUGUCCCAGCCCUCCACUAUUUUGGUGAUCUACCAUACGCUCUGCCUCCGACUGGCCCACAUCGCUUCCGACUCCCUCGAAAACUCCCCUCAGACUAUGAUUAUGGUACGAAAGCUUUUCCAGGACAUUUCACGACCGGCACAAAAAUUUGUCCGCAACCACCAAGUUGUAUCCCACCAGACGCUUCGUUGUUUGACGAAGACUGCUUACAGCUCAAUAUCUGGAUCCCUGCUGGCAAAACGCCUCAAGGAGGAUGGCCAGUACUCUUCUAUCUUCACGGCGGACCCAUAGUUGUGCUUCCAGCAUACAGGCUCAAUGCGCUUGGCUUCGUCACAGGAAAGGCUUUUGCGGCCGAGGCUAGUGAUGGCGGUGGUACACAGUAUGGCAAUAUGGGCUUCUGGGAUCAGCGCAUGGCUUUGGAGUGGACUCACCAGAAUAUCGCACACUUCGGCGGUAAUCCUGACAAUAUCACAUGUGCUGGAUACUCGGCAGGCGCUUACUCGACGUUCCAUCAGCUGGCACAUGAGUUGUACUAUGUUGCCGCUGAGAAGAGUCUCAUCAAACGAAUCAUCAUGCUGUCCAAUGGUCCAGGUCUGAGACCCAAGAGUCUCAGCGAACAGCAAAAUCAGUUCGACGAACCCCUGGCCGAUGACAAGUUCUAUCCUCAAGAUCUCUUUGCGCAGAUCAACAAUGGAGACUUCGCGCGACGGAUGAAGGAGCGCGGUAUGACUCUCCUCAGCGGUGAGUGUAGGGAUGAGCAUAUCAUAUACCGGAAUUGGCGCACACCUGGGAACUCUUUCGACUCUGUUUACGCUCGUUUCUGCGCAGAAUAUCCCAGGACUGAUGUCGACAAGCUUCUGCAUCACUAUUGUGGCUCCCAGCAGAAACUGCCUGCUCACUGCGCAGACUGGCAGGAACUUUUCGGUCGCGUUUACGCCGACUUGCAAGUUCAUCAUAUGCAACGAGGGUUCUUCAAUGCACUGUUCAAUGGCGGUCUUAUACCUGGCAAAAACGUGCUGAGGUAUGGCUUCGAUAGACGUUUGAAGUGCGUCGACGCUACUAUACCAGUAGAGUGGGGAGUGACACAUUCUUCUGAUGUGCCGAUCUGGCUCUGGGGUUCUGACUUCCCAGGUGGUCUAACAGAUCAGGAGAGAGUCUGGCUGAGAAGCUGGAAUGAGGAGUUUGCUGCUUUUGUCAGUGGUGCGCAGGUCAAUUGGGGUCCGACAAAGCCCAAAGAUAUGAAAAGAUGGAGUGAUGGUGAAACAGACGUGUGGGUUGACAUUAAAUGGGAGGAAGGGCUGGAGGUUUGGAAUGUCGUCCAUUCAACUGCAUGA